AUGAAGUUUUUUAUACUCACUUUAGCCUUAUUUGCAUCUGCAGUACAAGUUGACUUAUCUCAUUGUCCUUUAUCAUGUAGCCACAAUGGAGAAUGCCACGAAAUAUAUGAACAAGAAGGAAAUUUGAAUUCUACUUUAUCCAUGUGAUAUGAAUGCCAAUGCUACGAUUCUUUCCGCGGGCAAGGCUGCGAAGAAUGUGCAGAAAACCGUUAUGGCUCUAAAUGUGUCAGCUGUCCUGAAUCAGCUCAUAAAGUAUGUGGAGGCCACGGAGUUUGUGAAGCGGGUAUAAAAGGAUCAGGAAAAUGUUUAUGUGAAGAUGGGUAUACUAAUGAAAGCAACUGCUCAGAAGAGUCCAACUUUAUGUCCACAUGGCCUCACAAAGCCCAGAGCAUUACUUUACUGCUUAGCUCAUCUGUCCUUUGCGUCUUAAUGGUGUUUAGCCUUAUAAAGCUGCCUUUUCACUGUCUUCCUGAUAGUGUUGGCUCAAUUUCUCUCGGCUUAUUCAUUGGACUUAUAUAUUUGGUUUACUUUACCGACACAAACUUAUCAAAUGGCCUGUUUUUUGACCCUCAAACUUUUUUCUUACUGAUUAUCCCACCAAUUAUGUUUGAUGCAGGUUAUUCUUCUAACAAAGAAAAAUUCUUCACAAAUAUCGGCACAAUUUUGAUGUUUGCAGUCGUAGGAACCAUCAUAUCAGCCCUCAUCUUUGGCUUUGCAAUAUACGCAUGCUGCAAUUUUUUUAAUCUCUAUGAGCUGUCACUCACUGAAUCCUUGCUGUUUGGCUCUUUAAUUUCUGCUGUAGAUCCUGUCGCAACUAUAGCAAUUUUUGAAGCUGCAAAAGUAGAUACAACUUUGCAUAUGAUCGUAUUUGGAGAAAGCGUGCUAAAUGAUGCGAUUUCUAUUGCGCUGUUUAAAACUUUUGCUCAGUUUGCUGAAAAUGAAAAAGAGCUGGAACUGGGGAAUAUUGUGAUACAAUUUACUUAUCUUUUUGUAGGGUCUAUUUCAGUUGGAGUAAUAAUUGGGAUUUUGUCAGCUUUGGUAUUUAAGGUUUUUAAGCUUUCAGACCACCCAACUUUAGAAACUGCAAUGUUUUUCUUGUGGUCUUAUAUCCCAUUUGUGCUGUGUGAAGCAUUAGAGAUGUCUGGAAUCUUAGGAUUGUUGUUUUUAGGUAUGAUAAUGGCUCACUAUACCCAUUUUUCGCUAUCAGAAGAAAGCAAAAUCACAACCCAUCAAACUUUUAGGACGUUUGCCUUUAUAGCUGAAAACUUUUGCUUUGUGUAUUUAGGGCUUUCAAUCCCUCUGAAUACCAGAAGUAUCCUAUGGUCAGUCAUCUCAGUAAGUAUUUUGCUUUUGCUUUCAAGCCGUGGGGUUGUAGUUUUCUUGCUUUCUCCUAUUUGCAACUAUUUCAGAAUUCAUAAAAUCAAUAUAAAGCACCAAAUCUUGAUAUGACUUUCAGGAAUGAGAGGGGCUGUAGCCUUUUCUCUUGCAUUAAGUCUCCCUACAAAGAACCCAGACGUCAUAAUUUCAACCACCCAGUAUUUGAUUUUAUUUACAAUUGUGAUUUUAGGCCUAAUGACAUAUCCUGUAUUAAGGUGCUUGAAGCUGAGAGUCGAAGACGUGGUUAUUACAAGACAUGGAGACUCUAUUCAUAAGGAUUUGUAUGACGCAAAUAGUCCUAGAGAUAGUGAUAAAGCAGUCACUAUACUGGAAAGAAUUGAAGAAAUUGAUAAACAGUAUAUUCAGCCUGUACUGAGAAAAACAACAGUUAUAGAAAAACUUGUGGAGAGUUAA